CCAUAAGGGUAAGACGCUGCCAUCCUUAAAUAAACUGCUGUCACUUUGGAUUGAAAGAACUGACAUACUACCUUUUAUUUCUUUUCGUUUCACUGAUAACUUACUGUUCUGGGAGCUACAUUGAUAUACAGUCCAUUCUAGAAAACCCAUCUCGGAAUUGUACAUGGUCCUUCGAACCGUCAGAGAAACCAAGAAGAUUUGUUUGGAAAAUUUUAGGACGUCGUCCACCGCUGUUAAAAUCUCAAUUUUUAAAUAAGUCUUCACCGCAAUGGAAAAAAGCAAAGCACUCUAUGUUCCAAAAUGCCGUAUCUGUCAAGAAAGACAUACACUGAGACACUGUUUGCGAUUCCAACAAAUGGAUAUCACUACACGCCGUCAAGAAGUAAAAAAUAAGAGAUUUUGCUACCGAUGCCUAUGCUCGUCUCAUACCCGAGAGUGGUGUGGGUCCAGGAUGGCUUGCCUUGUCUGCAACAAAAAUCACCAUACCAUGCUACACUUACAUGAUCGGCAAAAUAAACACAAACACUCUACUGAUUAUAGAUCGCAACGGGAGACCAAUAACAGAGUUCAUAGAAACUACCAAAAAAAGAAGUCAAACUCCCAAAAUUCUCCUCCAAGGUACACAACUACCGCCCCUCGCCAACAUUCUGAUAGCAAGUGCAAAGAAACUUCUAGACCACUUGUACGUGAAAGGUUGGAUCUAAGGUCUAGGAAACACGUUUUUCUUCCCACUGCAUUGGCUCGAGUAUUAACGAAUAGUGGUCCUGAGAAAGCGAGGCUUAUGUUGAACUCUGCUGGCUUACAGACGGUCAUUCUUAGGUCUAUGGUAAAUCGAUUGAAUCUCCGCACUACCAAGAAGAAUGGUGAAGUGUUUUGCACGGUCAGUUUGCAGUCCUAUCAGGACUCAGCUGCAAAAAUUCAAAUAUCGGGAAUCGUCAAAACCAAUUGCAACAUUACACUGCCUGAAUCGACGUCUGAAAAACGGUUACAAUCUGUUUAUGAUCACCUUACAGACUUGGCUGAUCCUCAUUUCUUUAAGCCAACGAACAUAGAAAUUUUUAUUGGGAACGAUCAAUUGUCAAAAAUUCUGCUUGCCGGUUUAAUUCAGACAUCGUCAUCGAUGCCAAUUGCACAAAGUUCAAUAUUUGGAUGGAUCAUCUCUGGGGCGUGUCUCUACUGAGGUUGCAGUCUUGCAAGGGGGCCGGCAUGUUGAAUGCCCAUUCAACAAUAACGUGUCGAUUCUGACAUUUUUAUCCAUAGUUUAAAUUAUUACUUAAAUUUAAUUAAAAGAAUUGAAAUGAAUUACAUUAUAAUGAAUUGAACGAUAAA